UUUUUUUUGUCUCUUUUUUUUUUUUAAAAAAAACAUAUAAAAGAAAAAUAAUAAUAUGGCACUUCCUACUCUUCCUGAAUUUUCUCUUAAAGGCAAGGUUGCUAUUGUUACUGGUGGUGGAAGAGGCUUGGGUUUAGAAAUGAGUAAAGCCCUUGCUGAAUCUGGCGCCAGUGUUGCUAUCAUGUAUGUCUCCAACGAUAAGACAAAGGAUACUGCUGCUGAAAUUGGCAAGCAAUAUAAUGUUGACUGUAAAGCUUAUAAAGCUGAUAUCAGAAACCCUGAUGAAGUUAAGCAAGUCAUUGAUCAAAUCUAUAAAGACUAUGGUGCUAUUGAUGUCUUGGUUGCUAAUGCUGGUAUUAACAGUGGUGGACCUACUGAGGAAUUUGAUUUGAAGGAAUGGCAAAAAAUUAUGGAUGUUAAUGUUAAUGGUGUCUUUUAUAGUAUCCAAGCUGUCUCCAAGUAUAUGCUUGAAAAGAAGAAGGGUAGCAUCAUCAUUACUUCUUCAAUGUCUGGACAUAUUGCUAACCGUCCUCAAAUUCAAUGUGGCUAUAACACAUCAAAGGGUGCUACUACCAUGAUGGCUAAGGCUUUGGCUACUGAAUGGGCCUUAAAGGGUAUUCGUGUGAAUGCUCUUUGUCCCGGUUAUAUGAGAACUGAUUUAUUAGAUAAUACCUUUAGAGAUAACCCAGAAUGGGAAAAAAUUUGGACUGAUUUAACUCCCAUGGGCCGUAUCGGUAAUCCUAAAGAACUCAGAGGUGCAGUUGUCUUCUUAGCUAGUGAUGCUAGUUCUUUUGUUACUGGUAUUGAAUUGUUUGUUGAUGGUGGUUAUACUUGUGUCUAAAUUAUUUGUAAAUUUUUUUUUCUCCCUCUCUCUCUUUUCAAUAAAAACAAAAAAAAAUUGUGAAUAAUA